UUGAGGGGGGAGAAGCUCCUAGUCCCCCUCUCCCUUGACUUCUCUCCCUCCGCCAUCUCUAGGUGUCAUGGCCACCAGCUAUGAUGACAAGACUGCCCUGGUCCUUAGCAAGGAUGCGGAGGCCCGUGGCGAUUAUCCUCCCAGCUACGAAAACACGUCGCAAGCCUUUGACCACAAUCUUGAUGAUCAGACAAUACGCCAACACUUCAUCAGGAAGGUGUUUGUGAUCCUGUGCACGCAGCUACUCUUCACGUUGGGCGUGGUGUGCGCCUGCACGUACUCGUGGGACAUGAAGGUGUUUGUCCAGAGUAACCCCGCUCUCUACUACGUCUCCUUUGCCGUCUUCUUCGUCUGUCUCAUCGCCCUGGCCUGCUGCAGAAACGUUCAACGCAAAUACCCCUGGAACCUCCUGUGUCUGGCUCUCCUCACAGUGUGCCUCUCCUACAUGGUGGGGAUGAUCGCAUCUUUCCACGACACGGCCUCCGUCGUCAUCGCUCUGGGGACCACCGUCGCCGUCUGUCUCGGCAUCAUCCUCUUCUCCCUCCAGACACGUCUAGACCUCACCUACUGCUACAGUUUCCUGCUGGUUUUCUCCAUCGUGGUCCUGAUGUUUGGUUUUUUCUGCAUCUUCUUCUACAGCCAAGUGCUGCAGGUUGUGUAUGGCUGUCUGGGUGCCCUGCUCUUCUGUCUGUUCUUGGCUGUGGAUAUCCAGCUGGUUUUAGGCAAGAACCAGUUGAGCCUGAGCCCGGAGGAGUACAUCUUCGCUGCCCUGGUCUUGUAUCUGGACAUUGUCAGCAUCUUCACCUUCGUCUUGAUGCUCGUGGGGAACUGUCGGAAUUAGGAGCCGGAGGAGAUCUCUCUCUCUCUCUCUCUCUCUCUCUCUGUCGGCCAUGAUGUGGGGGAGGGGGAGAGAGCGACCUGCCUCCCCUCCAG